CUUCCUUUGGCUCUUCUCCCCCUCCCGAGAUCUUUGCUCUCUAUUCCCUUCGCUUGUUUCUCCUUCCAUAUCCAGAGUCUUACUUGGGAUGUCAUACUGUUUUUCUUUAUGGGGGUGGUUAUGGGAAAAUUGUAUUGGAGCAGUGGGGGGGGGGAUUGGAUGAUCUCAAAUAUACAAAGCUUAGAUUCAGGAUUGAUUGAUUGCUUGCUUGCUUAUCCAACAAGUAGUAAAAAAUUAGGAUGGAGAGCGAUGGGCGUUACAACCCCGAUUACUACAAAGAAGGAACACACUCUGUCUGGAAUACGAUGCCUAAUCAUCAUCAGACAAAGGAGGACCAACAUAAUGCUCUGGUCAUGAAUCAGAAGAUCAUGUCCAUCCUUGCCGAGAGAGACGCUGCCCUCAAGGAAAGAGACGACGCCCUGGCUGCCAAGCAGGAAGCAUUAGCCGCUCGGGACGAAGCACUUGACCAACGCGACAAAGCUCUCUCUCUAAGAGAUAAUGCUAUACUGGAGAGGGACAGUGCCUUAAGUGCUCUUCAGUUCCGUGAACACAAUCUUAACUACAUUUUGUCACGUGCAAAGCUCGGUUCCUCCCACUUAUCCAACCCUUCCCCAUUGUCAACUAUUCCACAUGAAGCUGCGCCAAGUAAAAGAAAAAAAAAGCGCAAACCGGAAACAAGGUCAAAGGGAAAGAGAGUAGGCGAAGAUCUGAACCAUCAUGUUGCUUCUCCUGGAAAGAAAUGCAGAAAAGAUUGGGACAGUAACGUUGUCGGCUUAAACCUUGUCACCUUCGAUGAGACGACAAUGCCAGUGCCCAUGUGCACUUGUACUGGUACUGCUCGUCACUGUUACAAAUGGGGAAACGGCGGGUGGCAAUCAUCAUGCUGCACUACCACUUUGUCUCUGUAUCCUCUUCCGCAGAUGCCAAACAAGCGGCAUUCUCGAGUGGGCGGUAGGAAAAUGAGCGGAAACGUCUUCUCCAGGCUACUUAGCCGUUUAGCUGGGCAAGGCCACGACCUCUCCUCUCCCGUUGAUCUCAAGGAUUAUUGGGCUAGGCACGGCACCAAUCGCUACAUCACGAUCAUGUAGGCAAAUUCUUCAUUCUCUCCGCUCUUCUGAUGUAUCUGACCUGACAUUUAACGGCAAGAGCCAUACCGCACCCUAACGGAUCAUCUACUACGGCUUGUCUCUAAUCGUUCCCCCUGUUCUCAUCUUGCUCAGUCUGGACAUCACCAUAUCCCAGCAACUCAACAUCAGCCAGUUAAGACAGGAGCCACAGUCUCAGCAGAAGCUGAAUGGUACCGUGUCAGCAAAAUGGAUAGAGUAGACCGGGUGUUGGCUGGAUCAAAGGAUUGGAGUUGCAUAUCAACUAGGCAAACAGUAUAUAUUUAUUUUUAUCUAUGUGCAGUGUGUUGAAUUAUGUAUAUUACAGAUGAAAUCCAGUUUUACGUCAGAUCAUGGUAGAUAUAAUUUGGUUGUAAUGGCGGGAGGGUCAAGAGAUUGAGGUUGAGACAGAGAUUGUCUGUUUGUUUUGUGCUUUUGUUAGUUUGGUAUUCUCCUCUGAUUA